AUGUUCACACGCCAGAUCUUCCCAACGCGCAGAACAUUGCUCGCACGAGCAUAUGACGUCGGGCCUUACCUAGCUCGCCUUGACAUUCGAAGACAAAAUGCCACGAAGGCAUCGCCUAAAUCGAAGCUUGUCGACCUCAGUCGAGAGCUCUAUCAUCGCAGCCCUGCCCAUCCAUUCCAUCCUCCGGUCGUUCUUACACCAUGGGACACACACCAGCCAAAGAAGGCCGGCAGUACCACUCUCCGUUCAGCCUCCUACUAUAUUUCCAUGAGCGAUCAUGCGGGCACCCAUGUCGACGCGCCGAAGCAUUUUGAUCCUACGCCAGGCGCCCUCUCAAUCGACCAGAUGCCUUUGGACAACUUCUACAAGUCCGCAAUAUGUCUCGACCUCUCUCACGUCGAGCUCAAAGCUACAAUCAGUGUGCAAGAGAUGGAAGACGCAUUACAAAAGACUGGCGAGGAGAUUCACGACGGAGAUACAGUGUUGAUAUACAUGGCUUUCAACAAGCGCGUGGCAUUCAGCGAUCCACGUUGGCAACACGACUUUCCGGGCCUGUCCCUGGAAGCUGUACAUUGGCUAGCAGAUCGAGGCUGCAAGAUCUUUGGCGUGGAAGCUAUAAGCCCUGCUCCAGAAGGCGAGCCCAAUUUUCAAGCUCAUAACGCUUGCGGAGAACGCAAUAUCACGCACAUUGAAGGUCUAGAUAACCUUGAACAGGUCGUGGGCAAAGGCAGAUUCCGCUUUAUGGGUUUCCCAUUAAAGAUUCGAGGUGGAAGCGGAGGGCCUAUGAGAGCUGUUGCCCUGCUGAAGUGA